CGUUGCAAUUCAAAUUUCAUCUUCGUCUACCUUCAGCUCUGGGUUUUCAGAUGGAAGAUGGUGAAGUCUCCAUUCAAAUAUCAAAGGAUCAGAAGAAAAUCGAGAUGCAUAUUGUCUCUGAAGGAAAUAAUGUGAUUUUGAUGCCCCCGGAGUCAAAAUUCUGCUCUGUCUGUGUAUUUUCCGGGGAAGCGAAUACUAUUUCGGAAUCGAUAGAACGACGGAAGUCGGUAACCAAGCUUUCCGGGCUCAUUGUUUUCUAUGUUGUGGUUAUGUUAGUAGAGAUUAUUGGUGGGGUGAAAGCCAACAGCCUUGCAGUUAUGACAGAUGCUGCUCACUUGCUCACUGAUGUUGCUGGAUUCUCCAUAUCUCUUUUUACAGUAUGGGCUUCGGCAUGGAAGGCAACGUCGUACCAAUCUUUCGGAUUCAAUCGCCUUGAAGUCCUCGGUGCUCUUUUAUCUGUGCAACUCAUAUGGCUUAUAUCUGCUCUGCUACUAUUUGAAGCAGUCGACAGAAUUCUCCAUGAACAUGACAAGGUGAAUGGGGCACUCAUGUUUGCAGUUGCUGCUUUCGGAUUUUGUGUCAACUUGGUUAUGGUUCUUUGGCUGGGUCAUGACCACACUCUCCCUGCUUGUGGAGGAACCGAUCAUCAUCAACAUCGACGCCAUGAUCUUGACCACCAUCACCACAACCAUGAACAUGAGAGAGGGCAACCUAGUCAUCGAACCGAGGACGAGGAGACUAAUCUGGUGCUCGGUAGUACAAAGACGAACAAGAUAUUGAACAUAAAUCUCCAAGGGGCUUACUUGCAUGUCAUGGCAGACCUAAUUCAAUCAGUCGGGGUGAUGAUCGCUGGAGCCGUUAUUUGGAUAAAACCGGAGUGGUUAAUCAUUGAUCUUCUCUGCACACUCAUCUUCUCUACGUUUGCUCUAAGUACCACCCUACCCAUGCUUAGAGAUAUUUUCAGCAUAUUGAUGGAAAGGACACCAAGAGAUAUCGAUAUCGAUAUGCUCGAAAGUGGUAUCAAGGGCAUCAAUGGAGUCCAUAACAUUCAUGACCUCCAUGUAUGGGCGAUAACCGUCGGGAAACUCGUAUUGUCCUGCCAUGUUGAAGCUGAGCCAGGAACUAGUCCUAAUGAAAUACUCAGAGAGAUCAGUGAUUACUGUGAAAAAACAUACGAAAUUCAUAACGUAACUAUACAAAUCGAGUAGUCCUUUGGUAUGUUCCUUAACAAAUCUUACAAUUUAAACACCUUUACAUUUUCGUUUCUGUAGUUAGUAUGAG